AUGGCUGCUCUGGCAACCAUGCCAAAUGCGUGCAAGGGCAACAGCAGGAACUGUGAGCAGUUCUGCAAACCUGCAGACAAAGGAGCCAUAUGUCCCUGCUCUGCUGGCUAUGCCCUGGGCAAUGACAACAAAACGUGUGUUCCUGUAGGAACCACAGUGAGUCCAUAUGCUCAUCCUCAUGAAAAUGAGGAAACGACCAAGACCUCAAGCAGCCAUCCAGAGGUCACCAGGGAGGCUGCCAAUGAUGGACAAGGUGAUGGUGGACAAGGAAAGGAAGAGCCAAACAGAGCAAUGCACAGAGCAGAAAAAUUAAUUGCACAUGCUGAAUUUGAUACAGAAACUUUCAACAACGACAUAGUCCUUCUCAACUUAGAGGAACCUAUCACAUUUUCUGAGGAUGUUGUCCCAGCAUGCCUUCCAGAAGAAGACUUUGCUACUGACAUUCUGAUGAACCAGACAUUUGGAAUUGUCAGUGAUUUUGGGAACACAUUUGAUUGUGCAUGGCCGGUCAAAAGAAUUAAAAUGCUUCAAAUCCCUUCUUAUGUGGGCAGGGACACCUGCAAGCUCACCCUUCUUAGAAAGAAAACCAAAGAUAUGUUCUGUGAUGGUUAUGAUAAAGAUGAUGGAGGAGAUGGAGGAGUCCCCCAUGUAACCAAAUACAAUGGCACUUAUUUUGUUACUGGUAUCAUCAGCUGGGGAGAAGGGUGCGGAAAGUGAGGGAAAUAUGGAGUAUACACCAACUUAUCUAAGUUCCUACCCUGGGUAAGGAGUGUUUUGACAGAAAACUCUUAA